CUUAAACUAUCUAAUAUUGAAUUCUUGUUAGAUUUUGUGUGGGCAGUUGAAUUAAAUCGAUUUGGUUUGGAAUUGGUCGGUUUGUGGCCAAAAAUGAAUGAAGCAGUUGAAAAUGAUUUCACAUCCGAUCUUCGUAUAGGCAUCAUUUUCAUUAUAGUAACAUUUGUUUCUGGUAUUCCUCUUAUAUGUUCUCUUAUACGGGUUCGUCAUGACAUGAUUCUUGUGAUAGACAAUUUACAAAUUACGUUACCUCUAAUGGUAGUCUCAAUGAAACUUAUCAUGAUGCGGUGGAAGCGAACAGCUAUCUUACCAAUCAUAAAAAUGAUGGCGGAGGACUGGAUGGCAUUAAAACCAGAUAUAGAGAGAAAUGUGAUGUUAAAACGAGGGCGAACUGCUCGAUUGAUUAUAAUUUGUGGAUACAUGUUAAUGAUAUCGGCGUUUACUAUGAUCAUCAUUUUUCCUUGUUUUGGCGUACCAUUCAGACGCUUAACAAAUCUCACUGAUCGGAACAAACCAUUACCGCUGCAAACGUAUUAUUUUUACGACACAGAUAAGAGUCCGCAAUUUGAAUUUACACUUAUUAUUCAAGCCAUGACAAUUUUCUUGGCAGCUAUAACUUAUACAUCGGUAGAUGCUUUUCUUGGACUUUCGAUUCUUCACAUUUGCGGCCAGUUAGAGAACUUUAGACGUCGAUUGGUCAACUUAGUAUCGUGCAAAAAUUUUGAUAAUGCUUUAUGUGAAAACGUAAUCGCCCAUCUACGACUUAUUAGAUUUGCUAAUAGAAUUGAAGAUACAUUUUCAUUAAUGAUGUUGGGAUUAGUAUUCUAUUUUGGUAUUGUGUUUUGUCUAUACGGAUUUCUUUUGCUUACUGUGAUUACUGACAAUGAAACGAAUGAUGUUACUUUUUCACGAAUAUUUUACGUUAUCUCUGGUGUCAUUACACUUUUAGUACAUACUUUUCUCUAUUGCGGAGCCGGGGAGCUGAUAACGGGACAGUGUGAAGCAAUAUAUCGUACUCUAAAUGAUCUUGAGUGGUACAAAUUGGACUCCAAAAAUGCGAGAUGUCUCAUUUUAUUAAUAAUACGAACCAGUGAACCUUUUCGUAUUACCGCAGGAAAGAUUAUUCCAUUAACAAUGACCACAUUUUGCAGUCUAUUAAAAACAUCGGCAGGAUAUAUAUCAUUUUUGUUGGCAAAACGAAAUUGAAUAAAAAUUAUUAAAGAC